AUGAUUGGGCGUAAUUUAAAGCAACGAAGAAGUAUUCGACCCAGAAAACGAAUCAAAGCACCAAAAUAUGUGAAAGAUCAAGAGAAACGCGCACAAAAGAAUUGCGAUGUCUUGCACCGUCAGAUUCCAAAGGAUUGCUUUAUCGUGAUGGAUGACGAAAAGUAUUUUGAUUCAAGUGGGGUUGAUAUUCCUGAAAAUGCAUUUUUCUAUACGAAGGAUGCCUCCACUGCACCACCGAACAUGGAAUUACGAAAUGAACAAGAAUAA